AUGAGAGUUCUUAGUUGGAAUUGUCAGGGUUUAGGGAAUCCGUUUACAAUUAGUCAUCUACGAGAACUCUGGGGGAAGUUCAAACCUGAGUUUCUAUUUCUUUCUGAAACGAAACAGGGGUUUGGUUUUGUCCAGCAAUUCCAAUUUCAUUUUGGCUAUGACAGGGUUUUUACGGUGGAACCGACUGGUGCGAGUGGGGGAUUGGCGCUGUUCUAUAACAAUUCAUAUGAUGUCAAUAUCGUUUGUUCAAAUAAAAGGAUUAUUGACAUUGAGGCCCGACAUGAAGGAAAUGUGAUCUUCAUGUCUUUUGCCUAUGGGGAUCCAGUGGUUAAGUUGCGGGAUCUUGUCUGGGAACGGAUUACAAGAAUUGGAACAACAAGAACAGAACUUUGGUUUCUUAUUGGUGAUUUUAAUGAGAUCACAGGAAAUCAUGAGAAACAAGGUGGAGCCUUACGUCAAGCAUCGUCUUUUGUCCCUUUUAAUUUGAUGAUUAGUGAUUGUGGCUUUGUCGAUUUCCCAAGCCGUGGAAAUACAUUGUCAUGGAGGGGACGAAGAAAAGGGAGAAUAGUGAGAUGCAUGCUGGAUAGAGCAUUAGCAACGGAAGAAUGGCAUGAUCUCUUUCCGGUCUCCCAUGUUCAGUACUUGCCAAUGAUUGGUUCUGAUCAUAGACCAAUAUUAGCUACUCUGGACUCCAAAGUAACAAAGCGGCGAAAACAAUUUCGGUUUGAUAAAAGGUGGAUUGGCCUGGAGGGACUCAUGGACUCUAUUGAGCGGGGGUGGAACUAUACUCGGGGGGAGGUUUCACCGGGAUUGGUUGAUAGGAUUGGUAACUGCCGCCAUGAGGUAUCGGUAUGGAGGACGGAGAAACAACCUUAUGGGAAACAGAAGAUAGAGGAAUUACAACGGGCACUGGAAGAGGUUCAAAAUGAUGACAAUAGUACUCAAGAGGAGCUUAUCGACAUCACAAACAAACUGAAGGAAGCAUAUAGAGACGAAGAGGAAUAUUGGAAACAGAAGAGUCGAAAUUUGUGGCUAAAAGAUGGAGAUUUAAAUACGAAAUUCUUCCAUGCCUCGACGAAACAACGGAGAGCAGCUAAUAGGAUUGUCGGUCUACAUAAUGACGACAACGUAUGGGUAGCUGGAGAAAAAGAGGUGGAAAAGGUAGCAGUCGGUUAUUUUGACAAACUGUUCACGUCAACUUUACCGACGGAUUUCACGGGAGUACUCGCGCAUAUGCCACACCGGAUUACUGCGCAGGAAAAUGAACUUUUAACUCGUCGUGCGACAGAGAUGGAGGUACAUGCAGCGCUAUUCAUGAUGCAUCCAGAGAAAGCACCAGGACCGGAUGGCAUGACUGUGUUAUUUUUUCAACGUUCAUGGCAUAUAGUUAAAAAUGAUAUUCUCAAGAUGGUUAAUAAUUUUCUCACAUCGGGUACUUUUGAUGAAAGAUUGAAUAUGACCCACAUUUGUCUGAUCCCAAAAACGGGACGACCGAAUAGGAUGACAGAGUUACGACCGAUCAGCCUAUGUAAUGUGGGUUAUAAGAUCAUUUCCAAAGUCCUCUGUCAGAGACUCAAAGGGAUCUUACCUAGGUUGAUUUCGGAAACUCAGUCUGCUUUUGUACCGGGCCGGCUAAUUUCUGAUAACAUACUGAUAGCUCAGGAGAUGUUCCAUGGACUCCGGACGAAUAAAUCAUGUAAAGGAAAAUUUAUGGCAGUAAAAACAGAUAUGAGCAAGGCUUAUGAUCGGGUUGAAUGA